AUGUCUGCGGUACCGCCCUCUUCGGAACACACACGUCUGGCGUUCAAGCUGGGAAGAAAGGCAUCAACUUUCGGCCUUGUUGAAAAGGCAUCUGCAUCUGCGCCGGUCGAGUUCCACGGUGCGCUGCCCGACGUUCCCGGAGAUGACCUUACACUCUACACCGGAGGCUGCGACUGCGGUGCCGUUCAAAUUGCGCUCAAGAGCAAGCCUCUGUCCGAAGUCCAGAUCAAGGAAGAUAAUUGUAGCAUAUGUGUUCGCAAUGGCUUCAUCGGUGUAUAUCCUCAUCAGUCUCAGGUGAGUAUCGUCGGUAAAGACCAGGCCCUGGACUAUCAGUUCGGCCGCAAAUUCAAUGGGUCGCCCUUUUGCCGCACAUGUGGCGUGCACUGCUUUGGAAACCUGUAUGGGCCGCCAAAGGAGCUGGUGGCCAAGCUCCCCGAGGCAAAACAGGAGUUUGUGCGAAAACAGCUCGAGGUUCAGCCAUUGAACGUUCGGGUUCUUGAAGGCCUAGAGUGGGACAGUGUUAACAUAGAAUGGAGCAACGACGGGACGGAAGGCUAUGCUGUGUCGGAAUGA